CCUCUUAGCGUGCAACAAGAAUACAUGAUCAACAAUGAAAAUCCUAUGCUGACAUGGUAAAAGAAGCCAAGGAAUUGCAAAUCAGGUAGGAAUGAGUCAAAACUUUGCGACACUUCAGGGGAUCAUAUAGGCGUUCCUUGAGUUUUGGCUCUUUGAAAAUUUCAGUUUCACAUGCACAAGGGAAACCAAAGAACCCACUAAGGAGAGAAGGAAGGGAGGAAACAUUCUUGCCAUUAAUUUGGAUACCUUUGACAGCAACAAUGGUUGAAGAAUCAGUGGAUGGUUUUGAUGCUGAAUUGGUUAAAGAAAUUGAGAAGCGUGAUUAUGAUAAUAAUGAUAAUAAUGAUAAACACUCAUCAUCUUCGUCUGAUUCUGAGAUUGAUAACUAUGCUAUACUGAAGUCUGCUCGCAAGAACCGCCUCUUCGGCCGCCAGAAGCCUCUCCAUUUGGUCCUAGGCGGUGGAAAAUCUGCUGAUAUCAUUCUCUGGAGGAACAAGCAGGCCUCAACUGGUGUUUUUUCUGCAGCCACCGUCAUAUGGCUUCUCUUUGAGUGUGCAGGUUACCAUUUGCUUACUUUUCUUUGCCAUUCUCUCAUUUUCUCUCUGGCAACCCUCUUCCUGUGGUCCAAUUUAGCCUCCUUCGUCAAUAUGUCGCCUCCAGAAUUCCCGAAGAUUACCGUGCCAGAACACCUUCUUGUGAAUUUUCUUCUUUGGGUCAGAGCUGAACUUAACAGGGCUUUUAUAACCUUACGGGACGUAGCUUCCGGCAAGGAUUUGAAGAAAUUUCUAUCGGUGAUUGGAUUGUUGUGGGUUGUCUCUGUUGUUGGUGGUUGGUUCAGUUUUUUGACCCUCUUUUACUUGGUGUUUGUGAUGCUGCUGACAGUGCCAAUGCUGUAUGAGAAGCAUGAAGAUGAUGUCGACACAUAUGCAGAGAAGGCAUGGGUUGAAAUUAAAAAGCAGUAUGCAGUGCUGGAUGAAAAGGUUAUUCAGAAGAUCCCAAUACUGACUUCUCAGAAAAAUCACAAGCAGCAUUAAGAAUAAUGUUCAAGCACCAUAGUUUAGUAGCUUCCAUCUGUUUUACAAUUUGUAAGCGAUAAUUUAGAUGUUCAUUGAAGAGUAAUUUACGAAGCCCAGUACCCCAACAACACCACCCACCACCCCCCA